UAACAUAUGCUUGGCUAAAUCGAUUAGUUCUUUUAACAAGUCUAGAAACAUACGUGAAAACAACUCGUAUCGAGGCCGUGUACCGAAGGUAAAACUCUGUAGUUUUAAGAUGCAUAUUAUCUUAGUCAUGUGGCAUCUAUACCGACUACAGGCUGUGGACAAGGUCUUCUAGUUGAGCCCUAUUCCUAUUUCAACCUUUUUCCGGUUAGGCCGGUUUCUUCUGUUGACAUUGAAUGAAUAGCGUUGCAUUAGCAGAAUUAAAUGAAUUACUCUCAAUACAUAUUAGUUACUCUAAAAGCAGAACAAGAAAUCCUCAAGAUGGUCUCCUGCCGGGUCACCAAUAUCUGUCUGUAUGCUUGUUUUGUUGGUUUGCUCUCGGUAAUCGUCUUUUAUCCAACUGCACCUGCCCCGAUUUGGUGAUGGCGCCACUGCGUAGGGUAAACAAGGAAUCGGUACGGUGCCAAAGAUGUCUCGGCAUGGGCCAUUGGACAUACGAAUGUCGCGGGAAGCGUAAGUAUCUUAAAAGAGACACACGCACUCAGCGCCUACGAAAAGCGGAAAAGGAAGCAAAGCUUGCCAAGGUCAUCGAACAACAGAAGCUACAAAAGUCUAUGGAGAAAAGUGGUGAGCAUCGUAAAAAGCACAGAAAUUAUAGGAAAGCUGAGCGUAAGGGCAUGAAACGUCGCCGAAGGUCGCCGUCGACUUCAUCCUCUUCGAGUUCAUCAUCAUCCUCGUCGACCUCAGGAACCUCGAGUUCGUCUUCGUCUUCGGAUAACUCGGAAUCAGAUCCCGAUUCUGAAGGUAGUAGUGGCAGCUCCAGAAGUGAUUCCCUAUCAUCCGACGAAGAAUGCAGUUCAUCAUCUUCGGACGGAUCAGACUAUAGAAAACGGCAAAGGAAAAAUAAAAAAAGUAAUGACUAAUAGCUUACGAAUGUACCCAUGCAUGUCUACAUAUUAAUUCGAAAGACAUCCCAUUUCUUUGUUUUGUAUAAGGGAUGGCCUGUACUACAAACUUCUCUAAUAAGUCUAGGCCUCAAAAUAAAUGUUAUCUGGACCGGAUCGACUUGACCACAAGAUCGAGACAACUAAGCUGCAUUAGGUGUUAUAGUAACUGCAUCAUAAAUGGAAGCGUUUUCCCUUCAGUUUCUAUUUCUAUAUUUAAUUAUUUUGUAACGAUACGCACGUGUAUUAGCACGAAGUUCAGGCAUACAUGUAAAGCAUUUAAUCAUGGUUCCAAAGCUACAGUAGGACAAAGAACAAUUAGAAGUACGAUAUCUUUUUAGACAGAAAAUGUGUGUAUAUACAGUACUCUAAAGGACGAAUAAACUUUGUAGCUUACAUGCCUAUGAUUAUGUUGUUGAGCCUUUCGAGCUCAAUGAUAAUUAAUUGUUGGAGCUCCGAUGAAUAGUAGGGGUAUAUUCGUCAAAGUACCACCGACGUUUGGGUAACUAGAUUCGGUUGAAUCUCAAAGGGCGUUCACGAUGAGAUUCAAAAUACUCCGAAAUCUUUAUCGACUAUUCAAAUGUUAUAAGAUAGCAUAAGAGCAAUUGUGUGAUGUGUACAAAAUCAGUUAAUGUUAGACAUGGCUAUUAGAACUUAUUAGGUAGGAACGAGGGUCGAAAAAUUAUAUAUUUUCUAUUAUCCUUGGCAACAUUCUCUAUACGAUUAUAGUACUGUGACUUCGUUUUGGUUGCUAUGGGUUACUACUAUGAGCUCUCCCAGAGCGCUUACACAAACUAACACAACAAACCGAAUUAUUUUCAUACUCGUACAUAUAUUGCAUGCUGACGGAGUGUAAAUAAUCUCUGUGUAAUAGUAAUAAAACCUAUGUAUUGUAUAUAUAAUUUUUAAGCUAAUUUCUUGGUGCUAGGUGACUGAUCAUAGUUUUGAGACUUCUUUUGCGCAGAGAAGAUAUGCACGAUGAUGCUACGUUUUUGACAGAGCUCGCCGUCAUCGUUUAACUCACGGAGCUCUCUCGCUUGAACUCACGGCAGCGUGAACACAGUUACAUUUAAUCCGGCAAUGUUUAUCCUGAUCAUUGUUGUCGCCCCCGGUAUACACGGUCUGAUUCACUCCAAAUUCAAAAUAAGGUUAUCACUUUUCAAUAAUUUGUAUCUUGAAACUAGAUGAAGCUGUCAUAAGAAGUACGUUAUCCUCCUUCUAAUUGGAUUAAUGUUUUUUAAAUUUUUGUACAGUCUUAUUUAAUCUCGCGGUAGACUUUACGUCAUUUUUUUAGACAAACCUUUUUUUUUUAUAUAACAACUUUAAUCCAUUUUAAUAACACAUACGUAUUGGAAAAAUACCAAAAUAUGCUGUUAUCACUAUUGAGUGAGGCAGAUGACAUGUUCAGACCUGAACGGUUAAGUAGAAGUGGUAGCUUA